AUGGAGCUGCCAUCGCUGCCCGCAUUCCCCAAGCUGCCCCGCCUGGGCGAGGUGGACAGGAAGGCGGUGGCGGUGGCAGCGGCGGCGGCGGCGGCGGCAGCGGGCACCCUCACCGUCGCGUUUGUGCUGCGCCACCGCCGUCGCAGGCAGCGAGAGCAGCUGGCGCAGCAGCAGCCGGGGCAGCAGCAGGCGGAGGAGAAGCAGCAGCAGGAGCAGCAACCUGGCAGCGAGACCAUCACCACGCUGGAUGAGCUGCGGGAGCUGGAGGGCCGCAGCGCCGCCGUGCGCGUGCUCUUUGCGCCGGCGGUUGCAAGCGUGGCGGUUGUGAACCAGGGAGCCCAGCUGGCCGCCUUCCUCGCUGCCCUGUGCAAGCUGCGGGGGCUGCGGGAGCUUGACCUGCGUGGCAACGGCCUCGAAACGGUGCCCGCCGCCAUCGGCCGCCUCACGGCGCUGACCAGGUGCGGGCGUGGUGGCGGCACCGCAGCCCGGGCUCGCAAGCCGUAUGGGCCGGCUGCUAUUGGGGACCUGCGGGCGCUAGUGGAUCUGGACCUGGGAUCCAACCGCCUCUCAGCCCUGCCCGCCUCCAUUGGUUCCCUCACCCGUCUGCGCUUCCUCAACGCCAUGAGCAACCAGCUGACCGCGCUUCCGCCCGGCAUCGGCGGCUGCACCGCGCUGCACCGCUGCGGGCUGAAGAACAACCAGCUGACGGCGCUGCCGCCCAGCAUCGGCCAGCUGGCCUCGCUGGUUGAGCUCUACCUGACGGACAAUCUGCUGGAGGAGCUGCCAGCAGAGAUGGGCAACCUGUCCAAUCUGGUGAAGCUGCAGGCGUCCUUCAACCGCCUCAAGUCGCUGCCCGCGGAGCUGGGGCACCUGCCCAGCCUGGAGAUGCUGCGCGUGGCCUCCUGCGCGAUUGCAGAGGUGCCCACCGCGCUGCGGGACGCGCCCAAGCUGGCGUGGAUGAGCCUGGCCAGCAACCCGGCGUGCCGCAGCGUGUCGCCCCGCAAGCCGCCGGUGUUGACGCUCAACGAUCUGGAGAUGGGGGUCAAGCUGGGCGACGGCGCGUCGGGGGAGGUGUUUGCUGCCACCUGGAUGGGACGCAGAGUGGCGGUCAAGAUCUUUGUCAAGGACCGCUCCCCCGACGGCCACAGCCGAGACGAGAUGGCCAUCUCUUUUUCUGUGUCGGAGCGGCACCUGGUGCGCGUGGUGGCACAGCUGCAGUCCCCGCUGGGCCUGGUGAUGGAGUAUGCCGAGGGGCAGCCAAUUGCGGAGAAGCCCAACCUGCAGUCCCUGCUGCGCUGCCGCUGGGCGCCCGGCCUCGCCCUGCAGCUGCCCUGGGUGCUCAGGGUGGCGGCCGGGGUGGCGGCCGCGCUGGAGCACAUGCAUUACAAGGGCAUCUGCCACGGCGACGUGUAUGCGCACAACGUGAUGGCAGAUGAGGCGGGGCACGCCACCCUGUGCGACUAUGGCGCCUCGUUCCCCUACCACAAGGGUGGCCCCGUACCGUACGAGGCGCAGGAGGUGCGCGCCUUUGGCCUGAUGCUGGCAGACAUGGUGCAGCGCCUGGACAUCGGCUUCCAGGGCAUGGAGCAGGCGCUGGAGGCGCAGCGCGAGCUGCUGUCGCUGGUGCAGCAGUGCACGGGCGCGCCGCCCAUCCGCCGCCCCACCUUUGGCGCCGUGGGCCGCCGCCUGCGCAGCAUUCAGAAGCGGGUGGCGAGGGCGGGCCUGGCCACUGUGACGCCCCGCGGCGACGCCGGCCUCUUCACGCCGCGCACCUGCGUAACGGAGAUGCCGUCGCCGCGCAGCCCACUCAGGCUCUAG